AUGAGGUGUGGUUUCGGGAAAAAUGCAGCGUCGUCGCGGCUCUUCUCGUUGGUUAGUGUGCAGCGGCACUGUAGCACGGCUGCUGCUACACAGGCCCCAGAUAAGCUGCCAUCGCCACCAAGUGACGAAGGCAGUAAAACUCACAUCCGUAACAUGAAGCCUCGUGAAUUGAUGAAGGAACUUGACAACUACAUUGUCGGACAGAGCGACGCCAAGAAGGCCGUUGCGGUGGCUCUGCGAAAUCGGUGGCGUCGGCAUCAAGUCCCGGCUGAAAUUCGGGAAGAAAUUGCCCCCAAGAAUAUUCUUAUGAUAGGUCCGACCGGAGUAGGCAAGACUGAGAUUGCACGGCGUCUGGCCAAGCUGGUAGACGCACCGUUUGUGAAAGUGGAGGCUACCAAAUUCACCGAGGUUGGUUUUCAUGGCCGCGACGUUGAGAGUAUUGUUGAGGACCUCUACAAAACAGCCCUCAACCAGACAAAGCAGAACAUACGCCGGCAGCAUAAUAAGGUGGCCCAAAUAAAGGCUGAGGAUCGCAUCCUCAAGGCAUUAGCCGGGGUGUCGGAUGGCUUUCGAGAACAUCUGCGCAGUGGAGCGCUUGACGACAUCGAGGUGAUGGUGGAGCUGCAGGAGAAGAAGGAGAAGCCAAAGUCGGCUUCUGGGGAUGGCGUGUUCAUUUCCUUGGAUAUUCCCUCCAUUAUCGGAGGGGGGCAGCGUGUCCAGACGGAAAAAAAAGUCCUUAAAAUCAAAGACGCCCUGCCGGCGGUUCUGCAAGAGGAACUGGACAAGAUGGUGGACACCGAGGACGUCACCGCGGAGGCGUUGCGUGCCUGUGAGGAGGAUGGGAUUGUAGUGAUUGACGAGAUCGACAAGAUCGUGACAGCCGCCGGAGGCUACAAAGGGCACCAGGCCUCUGCUGAGGGUGUCCAGCAGGAUCUGCUGCCGCUUGUGGAGGGUACAACUGUCUCUACAAAGUUCAAUGUGCAAGUGAAGACGGAUAAAAUCCUCUUUAUUUGUAGUGGUGCUUUCCACAGCGUGAAGCCUUCCGACAUGCUGGCCGAGCUCCAGGGCCGCCUCCCCAUUCGUGUUGAGCUGCAAUCACUCACGAAGGAGGACUUUUAUCGCAUUAUCACGGAGCCAAAAUUCAACCUCAUUUUGCAGCACAAGGCCAUGAUGGCAACAGAGGGGGUGACCCUUGAUUUCACCGAUGAUGCGCUCUGGGAGAUUGCGGCGAUGUCGGCUAGGAUUAACUCCACAGUGCAAAAUAUCGGUGCUCGCCGUCUCAUUACAAUUACAGAGAAGGUUGUGGAGGAAAUCAGCUUCGAUGGCCCGGACAAAAAAGGGGAGCAUUUCGUUAUCGAUGCCGAGUAUGUGAGGAAGGCAGUAGAACCUAUGGCGAAGAAGAUGGAUAUUAAGAAGUUCCUGUUGUAA